AGGGAAGGGCAGGAGCUUGGCAGGGCUGGGUUCUCCCUGGGAGACGGCGUCGCCUUCUCCUCCCACAGAGCUGGGCGCGCCGCCGCGGGGAUUUGCUGUGGAAAUCUAGGUUUUCAAAAUGAAUAAAGAUGCACAGAUGAGAGCAACUAUUAACCAAAAACUAAUAGAAACAGGAGAGCGAGAACGCCUUAAAGAGCUGCUGAGAGCCAAAUUAAUUGAAUGUGGCUGGAAGGAUCAGUUGAAGGCACACUGUAAAGAUGUAAUCAAAGAAAAGGGGUUAGAGCAUGUUACUGUUGAUGACUUGGUGGCAGAAAUCACUCCCAAAGGUAGAGCCUUGGUACCAGACAGUGUAAAGAAAGAACUCCUACAAAGAAUAAGAACCUUCCUUGCCCAGCAUGCCAGUCUUUAAGAUUGACAUUAAUUCUGAGUACAGUAUUUUUGUGUUUCUGUAUUAUGUAAGUCAUGCCAGAAAUUGGAAUACAUGUUUCAUGUUUUAGAAUUUAAGUUCAUUUUUGUAUGAUUAGUUACAAGUGUUUCAUUACACUGCAUUAAUUUCUUAAACUUGCUGUUUUAAUUAAAAAAAAAAAAAAUUUUGUGGUUA